UCGUCCAAAUCCCAAACCAGGAAGUGCGUAACGGAAGUAUUGUAAAUCCACCUCACGUUAAGCGACAGCGAAUGUGAUUGGUUUGGUUUGGUUCCCUGAAUUGCGAUGCGGCUGAAAAGGAGUCUCGCAUGCAUCAUAUUUGGACCAGUGGCCGAGCCGGACUUUUAAAGAAGACGAUCUCGUCGCGUUGAAUGAGACAGCACCGAGAGAGUCGCUAGAGUCCCGUCACUCGGCGGUCACUGACAGCCUGACACUUUCUACACGGAUUGGGAUGGGCCAGCCCUGCGGCUAGACGCCCAACCACCCCGCCGCUAUGUUUCUGAAAUCGUCAUUCACCACCCUGGUGGUGGGUGUGUUUGUGGUGUACGUUGCGCACACCUGCUGGGUGAUGUACGGCAUUGUGUACACCACGCCGUGCGAGCCCCCCGACGGCGCCGGCUGCAUCACACCCUUCCUAGCAGCAAACCCGGAGCUCCAGAUGAGCAUCUACACAGCCCUCCGGCCCAACGCAGAAGGAGGGCACACCCUCAUCCACAAAGAGGAGAUUCUUAAUAUCAACGAAAAGUUUGAGAGGACUGUGAACGUCUCGUUACCCAAGAAGACGCGCAACAACGGCACUCUGUACGCGCUGGUGUUUGUCCACCAGGCCGGAGUCACCCCGUGGCAGGACCCGCAGGAGGUGCACCUGGUGGCCCAUCUCACCGCCUACAUGGUGCCCAAGCCGCCCGAAAUCUCCCUCAUAUCCCGAGAGGACCAAAGUGAGGAUGUGACGGAAGAAGCUCGCCAGACCAAACAACGCAAAGAAGAAGAAGCAAAAAGAGGCGUGUCCGACCAGCCUGUCUCGCACUGGCGCUCUCGCCUGACGCUAAACAUCGUGGCCGACCAAUUUGUUUUUGACAAGGAACACGUUCCGAAUGACGUGCGCCGCUACCUCCGAGCGUUUCAAAAGGGCAAGAAGCUGGUUUACCUACCUCUGCUCUUUGUUGACGAGCUCAGCAACCGCGUCAAGGAUCUCCUGGAGAUCAACAGUACCAGCCGGGUACUUCCUCUUACCAUCUCCUAUGACGCCAUCUCCUUAGGAAGACUCCGCUUCUGGAUCCACAUGCAGGAUGCGGUCUACUCCCUGCAACAGUUUGGCUUUACGGAGAAGGACGCCGAUGAGAUUAAAGGAAUCUUCACAGACACCAACCUGUACUUCCUGGCUUUGACCUUCUUCGUGGCCGCCUUCCAUUUGCUUUUUGACUUCUUGGCCUUCAAGAAUGACAUCAGCUUCUGGAAAGAGAAGAAAAGCAUGGUGGGGAUGUCAAGCAAAGCUGUGCUGUGGCGAUGCUUCAGCACCAUCAUCAUCUUCCUUUACCUGUUUGACGAGCAAACCAGCCUGCUGGUCCUCAUCCCCGCCGGCAUCGGCUCAGUCAUCGAGGUGUGGAAAGUGAAGAAGGCCUUGAAGAUUCAGGUCCUCUGGAAAGGAGGGAAACCGACGUUCCUGUUUGGCAAGUUAGACGAGUCGGAGAGAAGAACAGAAGAGUACGACACUCAGGCCAUGAAGUACCUCUCGUACCUUCUCUACCCACUGUGCUUGGGAGGAGCGCUUUACGCCCUAAUAUUCCUGCGAUAUAAAAGUUGGUACUCGUGGCUCAUUAACAGUCUGGUGAAUGGUGUCUAUGCCUUUGGCUUCCUCUUCAUGCUUCCUCAGCUCUUUGUCAACUAUAAGUUGAAAUCGGUGGCCCAUCUGCCCUGGAAGGCUUUCAUGUAUAAGGCAUUCAACACCUUCAUCGACGACGUGUUUGCCUUCAUUAUCACCAUGCCGACGUCCCACCGACUGGCCUGUUUUCGAGACGAUGCGGUCUUUCUCAUUUACCUUUACCAGCGAUGGCUCUACCCAGUGGACAAGACGAGAGUCAACGAGUAUGGAAUUUCGUACGACGACAAUCCCGAAAGGAAAUCUCACAAGGACUAAAAAAAAAGAUGAGGCAUUCAAGUGAAGUAACAUGAAUAUCCUUAUGUGAUUGUAAAUGUGGUUUUAACUGGAUUCCCCUCUCAAAUAUUGAGCGGAUCAUUUUUGGGAGGAUUUGAGAGGGCACAAUUUUGUAUUUUUUUUCUUUCCGAUGCCUCAUCUCUGUUGCAUCCAGCAGACAGUUUCGAUCAAUCUUUUGUUUGCUUUGUCCUAUUCCUAUCAGGCCGCCACUUCAUUCCAUUUUGCACAAGUAUUUAACAUAUGGAGCAUGUUAGUGCCAAAUGUGAGAGGAACAUUUAUGCCGCUUAUUUGCGUGGAGCAGAGUCGCUCUGUUGGGUGUUUUUAAAUGGCCACUGAAAUGGACAGACAAAGUAUUAUCACACAUUUGUCACAUUUAGAUUCCUUUCCAUUGUUCUAAUGUGUGACUUUCUGAAACAUUCUCACCAAUUUCAGGGUUUCUCUCCCGGUGUAGUUGCAGAUGUUUUUGUUUUUUUAUGGGUUUAAUUGGUAUCAUUAUUUGAGAUUAAAUAAACUGACUGAAUAUGUCAA